UCGCCGGCUUUUUCUUUCGCCGCCCCGAGGGAGGGGCGGUCACGUGCUGGGGGCGUGGAGUGAAGUGACGGCCUCCAGGGUCACAUGACAGGGGCGCGGGCCGGGGCUGUUACUGUUGCUCGGGGAGGGGGGGCCGAAGUCUGACUGACCAUGAGUUUUCUUGGAGGUUUGUUUGGUCCCAUUUGUGAGAUUGAUGUUGUUCUUAAUGAUGCAGAAUCACGAAAAACCGCUGAAAUCAAAACUGAAGAUGGUAAAAUAGAAAAACAUUAUCUCUUCUAUGAUGGAGAAUCUGUUUCAGGAAAGGUGAACAUAGUCUUUAAACAUCAUGGAAAGAGACUAGAGCAUCAAGGAAUUAGAAUUGAAUUUGUUGGACAAAUUGAACUUUUCAAUGACAAGAGCAAUACUCAUGAAUUUGUAAACCUAGUAAAAGAGCUGGCCUUGCCUGGUGAACUAACACAAAGCAGAAGUUAUGACUUUGAAUUUAUGCAAGUUGAGAAGCCAUAUGAAUCCUACAUUGGUGCCAAUGUCAGAUUGAGGUAUUUCCUUAAAGUGACAAUAGUAAGAAGACUGUCAGAUUUGGUGAAAGAGUAUGACCUUAUUGUUCAUCAGCUCGCAACGUACCCAGAUGUUAACAACUCUAUUAAAAUGGAAGUAGGCAUUGAAGAUUGUCUACACAUAGAAUUUGAAUACAACAAAUCCAAGUAUCACUUAAAGGAUGUGAUUGUUGGAAAAAUUUACUUCCUCUUAGUAAGAAUAAAAAUUCAGCAUAUGGAGUUGCAACUGAUCAAGAAGGAGAUCACUGGAAUUGGACCCAGCACCACAACAGAGACGGAGACCAUUGCAAAGUAUGAAAUAAUGGAUGGUGCACCAGUUAAAGGUGAAUCAAUUCCCAUAAGACUCUUCUUGGCAGGCUAUGACCCAACUCCUACAAUGAGGGAUGUAAAUAAAAAGUUCUCAGUAAGAUACUUCUUGAAUCUAGUGUUAGUAGAUGAAGAGGACAGACGGUACUUCAAGCAACAGGAAAUCAUUCUUUGGAGAAAAGCUCCUGAGAAACUGAGGAAACAACGAACCAAUUUCCACCAGCGGUUUGAAAGUCCAGAACCACAGGCAUCUGCAGAGCAGCCUGAAAUGUGAACUGGGUGUAGGGGGUGAACAAACUGUUGACAGAUCAGCAGGUUAAAGGUGGCAACAGCCUGUAGGGAAGAAGGCCAAAAUUCUUAUUACAACAGUCUUCCUUCAUCUUACAGUGCUGCAUUUCCCACUCUACUAAAACAUUCUCCAAGUAAACAUUCAAGUGUGUACAUACAUUUAAAAUAAGUGCUUUCUCAAACACUGGAACUUUCUUAAGCUAUUUUAUACUGCACAUUUUACUUUUGUCGGGUGUGAUGCACUCAGAUGUGCAUAAAGCUUAAAUCUAGUUAUGUGUUUGCAUGUAGGCUGGUACACUUAGGUUUUGCUUAUCAUUGAUAGUAGACUAAAACAUUUCCUCUUAUGCCACAUUUCAUAUCCUACAUAUUUCCUCAAUGUCGGUUACCUGUAUUCUUGGAAAUCAAUAAACAUAUUCUGCCCUAAAAUGACAAAUUCAGGGUUUAUAAUGGGGUUUGGUUUUGUCCUGAAAAUACACGAACGCUUUCCCCAGGCAAGGUAACUUAUACAAAAGAUUAUGUACUUGUUGGAACCAUACUAUGGUCUAAAAACCCUGUAUCUUUGGGAAAUGUGUAUAAGCAAACUUCUUGAUACUAGCUUUAUAAAAGGGGUGGCUGCUUCUCUUAAUUCUUUUCUUAGGACUUCCAUCCCAAUUAUUAUUUUGUCAAGCUCCAAUGCCUCUAAAGGCUUAUUAAACCAGGGCAUAAAUGUAGAAUUAUAACUUCACCCAUUUACCCCUGUUUUGAUGCAGGAUGUGUGUGAAAAUGUUUUCAUAUAGCUUUUUCUGAUGACACUAUCAAAAUCUGGAUCACAUGCAUGAAAUGCUGUUCUCCUUGCACUCAAACGCACACUUAUUGUUACCACUCUCUUUCAAUCAUCUCCAAAUGUUGGAGAAACACUCAUUUUCCUCUGAAGCCUACUAGGAAAAUGAAGGUAGAUUUGUGGAAAGUUAUACGUAAAUCAGUUGAAUCCCAUGGAGGCGUUGGAAGUCUGUAGUAGAAUAUCAGAUCAUUUUUUAUCUUAAAACAUUGAGUGUCUCUGGAAAAUGUUGUUGGCCUCUAUCUGUCCACAAUAAAGCAUGUAGUUUGUUUUUGGAAACACACUGCUUGCUUGGGCACAACAUGGAACCUGCUGAGUUGGAAGGCUACUCACAUUUGUAAUUCACUUUGACCUACAUACCAAGAAUGUUUCUAAACUUCAGUGCAAGUGAUAUUGGUUACCUUACUUUAUGAGUAAGCAAAAUUACUAAAUUAUACUUCUGUAAGAACUGUUUUAUUGCUGUGGCAGUCAGAUGCUGCGUGUUGGGAUACUUCUCUUAAUAUGAAUGCCUGUGACUGAUAAAACUUAAUUCCCUCAUGUAAGUGCCUGUUCAGAAUUUUAAAAAAGCCAAAUAUUUUCAUGGACACUUGCAUGUUGCAAUCUAGAAACUAUUCCCUGGAAUUUUGAAAAUGGAUUGUAUUUAACCAGCCUCAAAUUGUGCAACUAUGUAUAAUAGAUAUAACAAACUGCUAUUUGAAUUAUUAAAAAUAGCUGUAUUCUCACUAAAA